UGCCCCUCUAGCUUUUAUUUUGUGUUUUUUCGCUUCUCCUCCUAUCAAGCUAAUCUACGAGAGAAUCACUGCAGAAUCCUUGGCCGAACACGAGAAUAAUUCAAUCUAGACAAACGUUUGCAUUCUUUCAUUUCACGCGCGUCCCAAUCGAAGCCUUUCUUAUUUUUGUCGGACACGCUCAGUAGCUCUUGAUCCUCGUUUGACCGCUUACAUCGACGAACACAAUCCUUGUUUUCAGCAGUUCUUGCGUAGUCCAAAGUCAUGGAUCCCAAUUUAUUUCAAUCAAUGCAGCAAGGCAUGCCGCCUACUAGCCAACAGACACCCCCCAAUUCUCGUAUGAUGAUGUCUUUUCCGCACCAGACAUCCGUGCCUCCCAAUAUGGACUCUUACGGUCUCACCAAUUCGCCCAUGGCAGCACAGUACAUGAACAGUCCCAACGUACGAGCAAACAUGCAAUACACCCAGAACGAGUACGGGCAACUGCAACAAACCGCUUUAGCGAACAUGAGCCCAUUCGGAAGUCCACAAAUGAUGGGUGCCAUGCCCCAAUCAGCGGCGGCCAUGGGCCACUUACCACAGCAGCAACAAUACCUUCGUCAGGCCACGCAUCCACAAAACGUAUACUCUCCGCACAACAUGAUGGCAUCACAAGCUGCCGUAUUACAAGCUCAAUUACAGCAAAACAGAGGAAUGUAUACCGGAACAAACGAUAUGUCACCGCAAUCAAUGAUGUUCCAACAACAACAACAACAACAGCAGCAGCAACAACAGCAACAACAACAAGCUGCAAUGGCAAUGAAUCGAGCUAAACAAUCCCCGAAUCAAUCCCCCGUCAUCGCAAAUAGCCCGGCAAUUAAAAGGGCAAGAACAGGAUCUCCCAUGGCGGCUUCUCCACAAAUUAGCCGAAUUAUACCUUCGCAAGCCAAUAAUCGAUAUAUGCAACAAAUGAACGCACAGCAGCAGCAGCAACAGGGGAUGAUGCCCGGUGAGGUCGGCAACACUUCACCAUCUAUGCGAUCCAUGGAUCAGUCGCCUUAUCAUGCAUCGCGAAAUGAAGGAGAAUUGAAAGACAGUCAAGGACAAGCAAGUAACAACGCGUCGCCUAGUUACAUGCAUCAUCCUUCGUCUCCCGUCGCCAAGCGAUCCGCAACGCCUGCCAGUGGAAACGCUACCCCUAUUCAGAAACACAGAUCACUCGCUGAAGCUCAGCAUCAACACGAAUCGAGACCGGACGAACGACAGACGCCGCCCCAGGAACCCAUGACCACAAGCACGCCUCACAGCCAAGGCCAUAUGACCCCCGGAGGCGGUACACCGUUAUCGCCUGCACAUUCGGCCGCCCAUAUGAAUCACACUGCCUCGCCUGCUACAUCGGAUAAGACCUCGGGUCCAUCCGUAAAACCAUCUUUGGUAACCUACAUACCCAAGACACGUAAUGUGGAUACUUACGGCGGAAUCGAUCUCAAAUAUUUCGAUAAAUUCGAGAUCAAGCCCUCCAUCCCUCAUCUUGGUGAACUAGGCACGGUGGAUAUUCAUGCACUGUUGAUGUCUCUGAAAUCGGGCAUGAAGAUGGAGAUUGCGACAGCCCUGAAUGCGUUGACUGUGUUGACCGUCCAGCAACCGAAUUUGAUUCUUGUGCAAUGCGACGAUCUGCUCGAUGUGCUGUUGGAUUUCAUAGAAAACGAUAUAUUUGGAGCAGACGAAUGCAGUGAAGAAAAUGUAGUGGCAGCCGGUGAAAAACGAAAACCCGAGUCGCAGGAGGAUGGGGUAGACCUAUCCUAUACGGAGCUUUUUGAUAUGUCGCUUGAUGAAAUGAAGAGCUUAAUCCCGAAUCUGGAAAACACCAUGUCGGAUCUGUGGACAUCGAAGCGCGAAAGAUGUUUGUGCAUAUUCAACUUGCUGCGAAACUUGUCUUUUAUGAACGUCAACGUCGAGUAUCUUGCGAAACAUGCUCGAUUGAUUCAAGUCCUCGUGCGCGUGAUUGACAGCACGCAGCAAAUUACGGAUGAAGAGCGUCAAACAAGUGCCAUGAGCACCAGCAUUCGUUGUGUCAAUGUACGAAGGAUGGAUACACUCGAUUUCCGAAAGAGCAUUCUCAUCAUUUUAUCGAAUAUUUCCACUUUAUUAACAUUGAGCGACGCGGAGAUGGCAAAUACGGUAGUCCAGAUUUGUCAUGAUUUCUUAGCAAAUGGACGGGAUACCUACUACUCGUCGCUGGCGAUCGAGACAUGGACAAAGAUCACUGUAAAUUACGACAACCGAGCGAUAUUUGCCUCGCUGGCCAAUCGAAAAAGACCGCACCAUGCCGACCAAGACGCGUUUACAACCAUUGAGGAAAUUUGGGGCGAGUUGGCAUGUGUGAUCCGACGUGAAUUCUUUACGUUUGACGGUCGUAUUACGCCUGUGGGCAGCACCAAUCAAUUAGCAACACUAGAAUUGUCGCUGAUGGGACUCUACAAUAUUGUGAUUAUUGCGGACACGGAUACACUCAAGGACCGAUUAAUCAAACGCGACAGAACGGUGGUGAUGAUGAUCUUACGACUGUGCGUGGCGUACGGCGAACUGGGCGAACAAAACUACAGUGUUGUGACUAGACGAGGCAUGGAAUUGAUCCGUUCACUGAUCUAUGGAGGAGAAGGAGCACGACGACGAUCCAAGCGUCACCAAACCAAAAGCGAUGACGACCAUGAAUCCAAAGUUGCAGCAGAGCGGGCCAAUCAAAUUCUUGAUAUAACCACGGUACGCGAAAAGCUCAUGCUUGCCAUGGUCAAACCUACGACGGACCCUAUCAUGUUACGGGAUCUGUCGGAUUUACUGGCACUAGUGGAAUGCUCAUGAGCAAAAUAAUAAGACGUUUGGUGGAUUGUUCUAGUUGUUACUUUUUUCUUCUUUUUAAAAAUUUAAAUAAACCUUCUCUGC